AACGAGAAGGCAGGGAUUAACGGAGGGGCCCUAUUUUUAUUAAGCAUAUCAUAGGAAGCCAACAAACAGCGACACUAACGGCAACAUAGGGGAACUUACUUGUACGUAGUAAUUGAAUUGAAGAACGUUUAAAUUAUUAGAGCUGAAAGUUUAUGAAAAAACAACUUGCCGCAGAUAGGAAACGAUCCUACGCCAUCACAUUACACGUGCGAUGCUCUACCGAUUGAGCUACCGCGGCGCUGUUGUCCCAUCCACUUUCUUGGGUGACGCCAAGCACCAGGCCAUGCACGUUGACGUGGGUGAACCGUUGUCCGUGGAGCAGCUCUUCACUGGCAUCAGGAGUGCGUUCUCCGAACCACUGAGCUUCGUCAUCCACUGCGCCGGUAUUCUGCGCUGGGCGCCACUCUCCCAGUGCACGGAUGAGCUUUUCGAUGAAAUUAUCAAGAUUGAACUUAAGGGCACCUUCCUGGUGAACCGUGCAGCUAUUCGUGAUAUGCUGCAGUCUGGGAAACCGCUUUCCGAUUGGAGAGGAGCCAUCGUGAACGUUUCCAGCCUUGCAGCCAGGUGCGGCCCUGUGCAGCCGUGUGCGUACGCCGCUGCCAAGGCCGGCGUCGUGGCUCUAACGAAGUCGGCAGCGUCGGAAGUGGCGAAGCAUGGCAUCCGCUGCAACGUUGUAGUACCCGGAUGGGUGGAUACCCCGAUGAUGGCCGAAUUUGUCGAAAGCAACAAGGCGAUAGUUAUCUCGAACACACCGCUCAAGAGAACCGGCCAACCAAUGGAGAUAGCAGAGGCCAUCAAGUUCUUGUGCUCGCCCAGAACGAGCUCCUUCAUCACGGGAACUGUGCUUGAAGUCACUGGGGGAUUCAAGAUGUGAAUUAUUUUUAUUGCAUUUGGAACACUGACAAGCCACAAUAAGUAUACACCCAAUGCGAGUCUGUUAAAUAUCUCGUGUAAACCUUCCAGGUCUGAAUUUUCUGGCACUUGCUCGAGUGGCUUGAUAACAAAGUGGAUGUAAGCAUUUGUGUAACCUUGGAUAAAAAGAUAGGACCACAAGGUAAUAAUGUUUUCUUUAGGUUGUUAAUAAUUACCGCGAUGACGGCUGAAUGAAUACAGGUUCUGCCUUUGUUGUGGCAGUCUGAUUUUCAAAUUUGUAAUAAAGAUCAAUGGAGGUGA